AGUUUCUCACGAAUCCAGAUCCUCUCACUCAUCACUAGCUAUGGCUUUCUCUGUAAUAAGAUCAGCUCGAAGCAUGGUUCGGCCUGCAGAGAAGACACCCUCUGGCAUGCUUGAUCUUUCAUUCAUGGACAAACUACCAGUUGUGCAGCACGGUGUUAGAUCAUUGCAUGUAUACAGCCAUGGCCAUGAACCCGCGAAGAUCAUAAGAGAGGCUUUGUCCAGGGCUCUGGUUCCAUACUAUCCACUUGCGGGGAGGCUGAAGAAAUCAAGCAAUGGAGAUAUCCAGGUUUCCUGCACUGCGGAAGGUGUUUGGUUUGUGGAGGCGUCUUCCAAUUGUAGCCUGGCUGCUGUCAACUAUUUUGAUAACAAUUUCAGUACUACUACUCUGCACGAUGAGGAUGAGCUUAUUCCGGAUCACCCUCCAGAGUCGGAUGGCCUGGAUCUGCCCAUCAGAAUGCAGGUAACCCAGUUCACAUGCGGUGGAUUUGUCAUAGGCCUUGUAGUCAGCCACGCCAUGUGUGAUGGCCUAGGAGCUGCUCAGUUCCUAAAAGCUGUGGGUGAGUUUGCUAGAGACCUCCAGCAGCCAAGCCCAAGCAUUGCCCCUGUAUGGAGCAGAGAAGUUAUUCCGACUCCUACACGUCUAUUAGCACAAGCAACGACCAAGCAAAAGCUACUGCCACAGCCACCACCUCUCUUAUUGCAUGACUACAAGCUAGAGAAAGCCGCUUUUGACAUUUCAUCAGACCGAAUCAGUCAGCUUAAGCGUGAGUUCCAAGAGUCUACGGGCCAAACUUGCACAACCUUUGAAGCCAUUGCUGCCAGCAUCUGGAGUAGCCGAACUAGAGCUGUAAGCUUCCAUUGUGACACAAAAGUUACACUCAUGUACCUUGCUAAUGGCCGUCAACUCUGCAACCCGCCAUUACCAGAAGGUUUCUACGGUAACUGUUUCUUCCCAGUAAGCAUAAAGGCAUCUAGCAAGACUGUAUCACUGGCGUCAAAUGCUGAGGUGGUUAAACUGGUACAAGAAGAGAAAUCUAGGCAGAAAGAAGAAUUCAGCAAAUGGAUGGAUGGUGUUUUCUCGGAACCUGGUGAGAACCCAUAUGAUCCCUCUAUCGCUUACAAAAAGUUGGUCAUCUCUGAGUGGGGUCGAUUAGGGUUCAAUCAGGUUGAUCUGGGGUGGGGUCCCCCUGUCCACAUGAUUCCACUUGACGGUUAUGGCAUCGUCCCUCUUGUGAUAAUAGGGACCCCACCUACUCCAAAGAAGGGUAUCCGUCUGAUGACGUGGUGCGUCAAGGGGACCCACAUGCCACAUCUUGUUGAGGAGAUGAAAAGUAGUCUGGCUUGAAGAAAACAAGAAAAAAUGUGUAAUAAGUAAGCAGA